GCUCAAAUUCCGAGAAUUGAGCCGCUGUGAUUCUUAGAACUGGGCUUCUUAGAAGUGGUGAUGCAAGAAGUUUCUAGGAAAGCAAUACCAGAGCUUGACAAGAUGGCUUGCGCAGCAGACAGCUGCAUCCAAUUCACGCGUCACGCCAGCGACGUGCUGCUGAACCUCAACCGGUUACGUAGCCGGGACAUCCUCACAGAUGUCACCAUCCUGGUCAACAGACAGCAGUUUCGUGCCCACAAGACUGUCCUCAUGGCCUGCAGUGGGUUGUUCUACACUAUAUUUACUGACUCCCUGAAGUGUAGCCUGAAUGCCAUCAGCCUGGACCCUAAGGUUGACCCCGAGGGGUUUGCCAUCCUACUGGAGUUCAUGUACACCUCCAGACUGACGCUGAAGGAGAGUCUGAUCAUGGCGAUCAUGAACACAGCCAUCUACCUACAGAUGGAUCACGUCGUAGACACCUGCCACCGAUUCAUCAAAUCCAGUGACGCUGGCCAGGCCAACAAGCUGCCCAGAGAUGAGUUCUUGGUCAGCCCUUUGCUUUUACCUCAGGGCGUCAAUGCAUACCGGCCCCACGAUGUGGUCGACAACCUGCCAGGCCGGGUCGGCCCCUUCAGAGACGGGAGGCCCUACGGCUCCAGCAUGUUCAAUGGGGUCAAUUCCCCCAGCAACUACCACCUCUACGGUCACUACCCCGUCCAGGGGUUGCCUUUCCCUCUCUGCAAGCUGACAGACGCCAAAAACACGUUCGGUGACUUCUCUAAAGGCGGGAUUCACCACAAGCACUGUUCACCCCCGGACAUGAGCAGCGCCAUGAGGGUUGAUUACAGCAGGGCGGUAAGCGGGGGCUCGGCCAGCAUCCACCAUACAGCCAGCUACGUCUCCUCCAGGGAGGAGGAGAUGAGGAAGGAGAGCCACGAGGGAGGGGUCAGCCAGGCUGGUGGGGUAGGAGGUUCCAGGAAGAGAGCGUUUGCCACGACGGGCCACAAGCAGCAGGUGGUGGUUCUGGGUAAAGAGCACGGUCCUCAGACGACAGAGGAAGACAUGAGCCAGCAGCACUACCCUCUGGGGAUCUCCUCAGCCGGACGGAAGGGCCUGAUGAACAGUCCUCAGAGCCCGCUCAAAUCUGACUGCCAGCCUAACUCCCCCACCGAGUCCAGCAGCAGUAAGAACGCAGGUCUCUCCCUCUCCCAGGCCGGCCGGUGUGGCGCCCAGCCCCUACAGGGCAGCCAGGACCCCAAGGCACGCAACUGGAAGAAGUACAAGUUCAUCGUUCUGAACCAGAGCGCCACCAAGGAGGAGGAUGCUGGACUGCAGGAUCCGGUGGUCAGCUCCCCCCAGCGUCUGGGUCUACCCCCUUACCCCCAGCCCUCAGACUCAGAGCACCUGGACACACAGGCCAACGCCAACAUCAGCGAGCAUGGAGAGGACCUGCUUGUUCCACAGGCCUCCCGACUCAACAGCAUCAUCAACAGUGUCUCCAGAGCUCUGGAGGGAUCACAGAGGAGCGCUAACAACCACUCCUCUCUCUACAUCAGCCACUUAAAGUGCACCUCCUGUGGUGCCCCACCCCCACAGCACUCUGAAGUGUGUCCCAACACCCCGGCUUCCUGUUUAGCGGAGGAGAUGUCAGAGUUGCACUCUGAGUACUCCGACUCCAGCUGUGAAAAUGGUACUUUCUUUUGUAACGAAUGCGACUCCAAGUUUGCUGACGACGGAGCCCUGAAACUCCACAUGCUGCAGACCCACAGUGAUAAGCCAUACAAGUGUGACCGCUGUCAGGCUGCUUUCCGCUACAAGGGAAACCUCGCCAGCCACAAGACAGUCCACACCGGAGAGAAGCCGUAUCGCUGCAACAUCUGUGGUGCUCAGUUCAACAGACCAGCUAACCUCAAGACCCAUACUCGUAUCCACUCAGGAGAAAAGCCAUACAGAUGUGAGACGUGUGGAGCUCGAUUCGUGCAGGUUGCCCAUCUCCGGGCCCAUGUGUUGAUCCACACCGGGGAGAAGCCAUACCCGUGUGAGAUCUGCGGAACGCGCUUCCGUCACCUGCAGACGCUGAAGAGUCACCUGCGCAUUCACACAGGAGAAAAGCCCUAUCAUUGUGAGAAAUGCAACUUGCACUUUCGCCACAAGAGUCAGCUUCGAUUGCACCUCAGACAGAAACACGGAGCGAUUACCAACACCAAGAUCCAAUACCGCAUGUCCACUACAGAGCUGCCAACAGACCCGUCCAAGGCGUGCUGAACUGGCGGCGGGCGGAGUCAAUCUUGACCAUGGCAUUGAAACACCCCAACGUAUACAAUCAUCCCAAAAUUGUAGUGCCACACUGUGUUGAUUUAGAGGUUGAUUCAUUAAUACGGCCAAUGUACACCGCUCUACACGACUUUCCUCUAAACAUGUGAACGUAGAACCUCUUUAGUCCAUUUGUUUCUUUAUAUUAGUAUGUCUCUUUUAAUUUAGUUAAAAUGUUUAAGCUUUAAAGAGGAAUAUAAAAAAAAAGCUUUAUUUUGUUGGAGGAAAAAGCUUGGACGGAAUGUAAACAUAAAUCCCGUUGAAGGAUAUGGUAUUUUAUAUCAAAUAACUUUUCUAAAAGUAUUGACAUUUCGAUUUGAGAGAGGGGGGAGGGUUGUUAACAGUAUAUUUUAAAGAUAAAUUGUAUUUAUCCUGGCUGUAUAAGAUAUUGAAUUGUUUAUAGAUUUUAUAUAUUGAUGUACAUGUUAUACCAUGUAGACCUGCCCCCUUUCAUGUGAAAGGAAAGAGAAAAAAAAAUCAUUUAGGUUUUUUUGAACUCUUGAUAAUGACUACUGCUCUCGUAGGAAGACAAAAUGCUGCAUGAUGAGGCGUACGUACGUUACUACUGUUGCCAAUAGUUAACAAUCAAUGAAGCGGGCAACUGCAGUCAAAAAUAUUGUGACAUACUGUGUAAUUAACUAAUUAUAUCCACUGGGUUGCUCUCUGCUGGCAGAAUCAAUCAAGAAUUUAAAAUGUAAAAAAAAAAAAUAUGCAUUUCAAGGUACUGCUUUGGGUAUGAACCAAGAAGAUAUUUUUGCUUCAAAUGUAUUUGUAUAGAUGUGUUAUAGUUUUUUUGUUUGUUUAAGUGAACGUUCCCAGUUGUCAUUGUACUAGAAGCUACAGUAAAAAGGUGUAUAAGACGUUUGUACAUACACUGUGUACUAAAGGUGCCUUGUCUAUGGUGACUGAAUUUCUUUCCAUUCAGCCCAGUUCUGUUUAUAUAAAAAGGUACAACUCAAGGCACUAGUUGUCCUAGUUUUUAUUUCGGGUGUGUGUGUCAUUUAAAAAUAAAAAUAAAAUAAAAGGAGAAAAAAAAAGGCUUUUCACCAACCUUACAACAUGCAAAUUAAUCAUUACUCGAGCCGUAAAUCUUCAGGACUUUUUUUUGGUUUUUUUUUGUGUGUUUAAAAAGAAAAAAAAAAAAAACUGCAUUCAACGUAUUGAACAAUUAUAGAUGUAUGAAUGUAAAAAUAAAGGUUUUGGAUUUGUAUGUAUAAA